UCUCUAUACACUCUUUGAACUUUAUUCCUAUUCUCCAGUCUCUAGAUCUCUAGAGAAAAAAGAGCAGAGCUUUCUCUUCUCAUAAAAGAGGGAAAGCCCAUCUCCUUCACAUCCAUCCCUUCAGAACAGAGCUCCAAACCUGCAAGAAUGGGAAGAGCUACAGGUUUUUACAUUUGUCUUUUGAUUGCUAUCAUGGAUGUUGUGGCAGGAAUACUUGGUAUUGAAGCUGAAAUCGCACAAAGCAAGGCGAAGCAUAUAAGGGCACUGUUGAUUUUCGAGUGCAGAGAACCAAGCCAUGGUGCAUUCAAGUUAGCUUUGGCUGCAGCAUCAAUUCUGGGUCUGGCGCACGUAAUUGCAAACUUGCUGGGGGGUUGCAAUUGUAUUUGUUCCAAGGAUGAGUUUGAGAGAGCUUCGGCCAACAGACAAUUAGCAGUGAUUUGCCUCUUUGUCUCAUGGAUCAUAGUGCUAGUCGGAUUCUCGAUGCUGAUCAUAGGGGCAUUGGCAAACUCAAAAUCAAAAGGCUCAUGCGGGUUCUCACACCGUCAUUUUAUGUCCACCGGUGGUAUAUUGUGCUUCAUUCAUUUAUUAUUUUGCACUGCAUAUUUCGUUUCUGCCAAUGCUACGAAGAGUGAAGAAGAAAAGCGGCACAACAAGGGCAACACAGGUGGUGCUUAGAUGGCCAAAAGAGGCCACCAUGGACCUCACACUGACUCUCACCCUGGAAAUAUUUUUGAAGCUCCCAUUACUAUUCCCACAUUACUCACGUCUAUGUGCCUAUCUACCCGAUAGAGGGAGAUCAAUAAUAUAUAUUGUUAAUUGAUUAUCUUUUGAUUGUUCGUAAAAUCUUGUUGUAACAAAGGUUGGUGAAAAAAAAAAAAAAAAAUCUCUUGUACAACACAUUUCUUUUUUCAUCUUGCAAAUUCUAUCA